AUGCUUGAGACAUAUAACAAUCUGCUGUCUGUGGCAGGGUACCACAUAACAAAACCUGAUGUGAUCUUCAAAUUGGAACAAGAAUCAGUACCAUGGACUGUGGAAAAAUCUAUACACCAGCAGGUUCCAGAUCCUUACAGAAAGAAUGAGCUGCUUGGAACUAAUCCAGAAAAUCAAGAAACCACUUUCAGGGAGCCUGACGAAAUGUCACUUGGGAAAAAGCAAGCCUCUAAUGUUCCUGAGAACCAACUCCAAUGUGGGGAAAAUAUCAGUGAGCAUGACAAGAUAUACACUUGUAAAAAGUCUUUUGAACACAAUAGGAAAGAAAAUACUUUCAGCAGGAAGAUAUUCUUUAAGUGUCAGAAAACUCAUAUCAAAGACCCAUGUAAUUGCCCUGUGAUUGUAGGAGAAACAAUUCAGUUUGACAAGAAAAUGUUCCAUAGCAAUCCUUAUGUUGGCAAGCAUCAACAAACACACUCAGAGAAGAAACUCCAUGAACCUUUCAAGAAUGAGAAUUGUCCUAUUUAUAAAAGAGAUGUUAAAAUAAAUCACAUAAUACAAACAGCAAAAAGUCACUAUAUAUGUGGCUACUGCAAACAGUCUUUUACCUGUAAUUCUAGGUUUACCACCAAACAGAGAAGUGAUAUAGGAGAAAAUUUCCAUGUGUGCAAUGAAUGUAAGAAAAACAUUUACCAGAAGUCAGAAUUCACUAGAAAUAAGAUACUUCCCAAUAAAGAGAAACCAUAUGAAUGUAAUGACCUUGUAAAAUCCUUUAGUGCUCAAUCAAGUCUCCUUACACAUCAGAGAAUUCACACAAGGAGAAAACCUUAUAAGUGUAGUGAGUGUGGAAAAGCCUUUUGCAAGCCAUCACUUCUCCUUACACAUCAAAGAACUCACACAGGGGAGAAACCUUACAAUUGUAAUGAAUGUGGGAAAGCUUAUUGUCAGAAGUCAUCCCUAAUCAUGCAUCAGAGAAUCCACACAGGUGAAAAACCUUAUAAGUGUAGUGAGUGUGGACAAGCUUUUUGUCAGAAGUCACACCUAAUCAUGCAUGAGAGAAUCCACACAGGAGAGAAACCUUAUAAAUGUGAGUGUGGAAAAGCCUUUUGCAAGCCAUCAGUUCUCAUUAAACAUCAGAGAACUCACACAGGGGAAAAACCUUACAAAUGUAGUGAGUGUGAAAAAACUUUUUUUCAGAAGUCAUCCCUAAUCAUACAUCAGAGAAUCCAUACAGGAGAAAAACCUUAUAAGUGUAUUGAGUGUGCAAAAGCUUUUUGUCGAAAGUCACACCUAAUCAUUCAUCAGAGAAUCCACACAGGGGAAAAACCUUAUAAGUGUAAUGAGUGUGGAAAAGCAUUUUGCCAGCAUUCUGGUCUCAUUGUGCAUCAGAGAAUUCACACAGGGGAAAAACCUUAUAAAUGUGGUGAGUGUGCAAAAGCUUUUGGUCAAAAGGCAUCCCUAAUUGCACAUCAGAGAAUCCACACAGGGGAAAAAGCUUAUGAAUGUAUUGAGUGUGGGAAAGCAUUUUGCCAACAGUCAAAUUUCAUUAAGCAUCAGAGAAUUCACACAGGGGAAAAGCCUUAUGAAUGUAUUGAGUGUGGGAAAGCUUUUUAUCACAAGUCACGCCUACGCACACAUCUGAGAAUUCACACAGGGGAAAAACCUUAUAAGUGUAGUGAGUGUGGAAAAGCUUUUUGCCAGCAGUCCGGUCUCAUUGUACAUCAAAGAAUUCACACAGGGGAAAAACCUCAUAAAUGUAGUGAGUGUGCAAAAGCUUUUGGUCAAAAGGCAUCCCUAAUUGCACAUCAGAGAAUCCACACAGGGGAAAAGCCUUAUGAAUGUAUUGAGUGUGGGAAAGCAUUUUGCCAUAAAAAAGACCUAAACAAUCAUCACAGAGUUCACACAAGGGAAAAACUUUUUCAGUAUGAUGAGUAUGGAAAAUCUUUUUGCUAGGAGACAAUUAUUGCAUAAUCUAAGUCACAUGACUGAAGAAGUGUUUAAAAACUCAUAGAAAAAAAACAAUGAUUGCAAUAGAAAGCAAAAACUGACAUGGGUUUGCAGUUGAGUAACAUAUCCAUAGGAAGGAGUAAGAACUAUCCUAUUGACUAUAAAAAUCAUUGUUCUGAAGUCAAUCCUCUGCAGAUCCUACGAAGUUCAGAAAAACAACAAUAUGUAAACAGAAAAAGUAGCUACAAUAAAUCUAUCACAGUCAAAUCUUAUAAAGUCCCAAACAAGCAUUAGUAAGAUUACAGAUAGAACACAUUAUAAAAUUGCAGUAAGAUGUGCAAAAUAAUAAACAUGAGGUGUGUCACAUUUCAGAACAAGGCUAUGUUUUGCUAAAAUAUUUGAGAUGGAAUCUGCUUGAUCUCAUUUUGUUGUAAAUAAGUUCUGCUUUCAUUUUUUAAUUUUGAAAAUAAAUAUUCUGCGUAUAACACUUGUUUUGAAUUUCAUAUAGCAUUUAUGCAGUUAUCUAGUAUAGCUUUUUUUACAGUGUUAAUUUGCCAAUAUUCUAUUACAGAGCAAUAUGGAACUCACAAGUGUCAACUGAUGCAUGUGGCAAUUGUAGUGCUAAUCACCCUAUUUUGCAGGACUGGUGUUUUGUUCAGAACGAGGAGUGAUUCAUUUGUGACAUCUGGCAAAUUGGAUCACUUUUGGCCCUUGUCUAAUCAUUGUAUACUUUUAGAGGUAUAUGCAAGUGUCAUAAGGAUUGUUUGGCAUCUGGUUUGGGGAUGUGGUAAUUGCCACUGGGUUUUAAGUAUCAGCUGCCAUAACUACUGCUCACGUUCUCACUGAUUUCAUGCACAAUGGCUUCCCAAAGCAAGUUUCUU